GUUUAUUGAUUUACUUUAACCUUCUAAAAAAUUAUUUCCAUGCACCAUACUUCAGCGAUAUAUUUGUGGAUAAUUGGUCCGAUUAUUGCUGUAAAUAUAAAACACAUCUCAAAACACUCAAUCGAAUCUCGGCUCAGGAACCUUUUCGAUAGGCCUAAUUUAUCUGAAUAUUCAGUAGUCCGUCUCGGCGACAAUGAACAGGAUGUUGAAGACAAAACGCCGCACAUUCUCGAGAACUACCCUUUUGAACGUUGAGUGUCCUUCAGUUUCAAACCCGCAGACGGAGAAACUAUAAUAACUGAAAAUAUCCAGACUAUCAAAAGCAACCAUAAGAACAUUCACCAGGGAUCACCAAAUAGAAGAAAAAAGGAAAAACGUGGAAAAAAAUUGAAAUAUCACAAAUUUACGAUAUGGUUGGCUGUUGCAAGUUUACUUAUCACGUGCAUAGUGAUGAUCACUUGUUGCAGUGCAUUGUUCCCCCAAAAUCAAAUUAUUAGGUGCAUUCAUAUGAUUAGAUCGAGAAAAACAUUAGAUAAAUAUCUAAAUAUCGACUCGGAGGCUGGUCGGUGUCGAAUAAGAGUAAAAUUAAAGCAACAAAAGCCGCAAUCUCCCGCAGUUACACGCGCACGAUCAUUAUCCUAUGAUUGUCCUCUCGUUGCGAUGCAAUAUAGCACAACAAGAAUAGGCAAUUCUGAUGAUACACCUUCCAUCCAAUGCUACACUUGCUGCAAGAAGAAAAGAAAGAAGGGAAAGAGGAAAAAAAAAUUGAAGGAUGUGCCCAGUCUCAUCUGACUUCACUUCAUAUAUAAUGAUGAAAUUAUUGUCAUUCAUUGAGAAAUUCAACUCGGUGUUCAGAGCUACUGUUUGCACGAUUGACAUUAAUCUUUCGGAAUUGGAGUAUUUGGCUGCGCAUUUGGAUUCUUUUGAAUGUCGUCGUUUAAUCGCAGCUAUGCAUUAUAAGACAUAUGAUCUUCCUCAACUUAUUGCUGGUGCAGAAAGAAAAAUUGAUGGAGAUGUUCUCUGUCUUCGCCAACUACUUCAUUGGAAUAAUUCUCCUUCAGAAGGAGUGGGUGCAACCCACGAAGAUCUGGAGCACCGUCUGCGACAAAUAAAUCGCCAUGACUUAGCCACCUGGCUGGGUAAAACUGUAUUCAAGGAAUUGCGUAGUGAUAUUGAAAAGUCUCUCAAGAAAGUAUUCCGGCAGUUCGGUGAACAGGAAAUCCAAACUCAAUAUCCCAUAACCUUAGAACCCAUCCAUCAGGUGGAGGAAGAGGAUCCUUGGACUGAAGUCGAUACGAUUUUAAUGAUUCUACUGGUGGGGCUUGCAGGGUCUCUGAUGCUCAUUGUUUUAUCAUUGAUCAAUCAUAGAGUGAGAAAUUUUCUAUUUCAGAAAAAGCAAGAAACAUUGAGCAAUUUCGACGAAGAAAAAGAAAAACUAUUAAAUAGUGACACUGAUUAAAAUCCCAUUUCGUAAAUUGAAACUUGUAUUAUUUGGUGGAAUCAUUUUGUAAAUGGUAAUUUGGCUGCUUUAUAAUUUUUGGACCUAUCAAAUGGAAUCUUUCUCAUCAUGAAAUACAUUCACGAAUGGGUUCUUAUUUAACUCUUCCGCAGAAAUAUUUAUUCAUUUCAGCAAAAAAGUUUUUGACUGACGGGAACUAGAUUGACCUUUAUAGGUAUGAUUGCAUCUGUGAAAAACGAAGUUCUUCAUCAAUACCAGUUUUAAGAUUAAAUGCGGUCGGAACAAAAUACUUCGCUAGAUCUGAAUAAAUGAGCAGUUUUUCGGAAUCCAUUAAGAUUGACCAAAAGUGAGCCAAUAUAAUGACAAGGUAAAUUGGACUAAAAAAUGUAUUUGUCAAUAUAUGAUUCGUAGUAAUUCGACCAAAAUGUUUAAUGUGUAAUACUUCUACAAUCGUACGAUAUAUUCCCCUCAAAUUAGGCAUAAAAUAUAGAAUAUUUAAUAUAUUGUAACAUUUGAAUGUAUCUUUUCAUCAGAUAGAUUGUCGUCGUGACAGAAAACUCUCUUGCAUCAGAAAGUGGUUGAACCCUAAGAAUAUGAAAUUGAAUUAUGUGAUAAAUUCUUAAUUGUACAUUGUCAAAAUGAUUGCCUUCAUUCGCAAUCAAAAUUAAAUAUUAAAUGAAUGACUCUAUUAUGUUCGAACUUGGUUCAUGAAACGUCAAUCACAUUCAAGGUUACUAAUGUUCCACUGAGGAAGAUCAUAAAAUUGACUGCAUGUCAGUACUACUUUCAGUAAAGGCCAAAUAACUAGCUAAAUUGUUAAACUGUAGUCAAUGUGAUCUAAUUGGAUAAUCUUCGUUAGGCCCCAUUUGGCGAAUGCAUCUCGUAGAACGUCGAUAAAUACGUACCAUUAUUUUAAAGUGAUUCAUCUGAAAAUCCAAAAUAACGCAUAAUCAAGUUGUUAGCUGUUCCUAGCACUAGAAGACAUAUGAGUAUUACUUUAGACUUUAGUUGUGUUUUUAAUGUUCUUUUUCUAUCGAUUCCAUUGACUGUGGGCUUCCGAAUGGAUUAUUAUAGAAUAUAGCUAGAAAAGUAUUGAAGUCAAAAUAAUAAGAAUAUUUCGAAAAUAACUAUGUCCAAAAUUACUGGCCCCAUUGAGCUCAUAUGAAAUAGCGACAUUU